AUGGACAAGAAGAUGUCAGCAAGAUCAUCAAGCGAUCAUCUAUCUCCACCAUCUCCUGUUGUAGCUGUAGCUAUUAAUGGAAAUAAGAAGAGCAAAGACGUCGCGUAUUGGGCUCUUGAGAAGUUCAUCCCUGGAGGCUUUUCUGAUUUCAAAUUGAUCUAUUGGGGAAAGCGAUAUCUAUAUUUAGCGAUAAGUGCUGAAGCAGUAUCAGCUUACAGAAAAGAAGUAGAUGGGAACACAAACGAGCUGCUUCGUCCUUACAAGCAAAUGUUCGAAAGCAGAAAGGUGCGAGUAGAGAUCCUGGUGCUGGAAUCACACGAUCCUGUAGCUGCGAUAGCGGAAGAGAUUGCUGGAACUGGAGUCACCAAACUCGUUAUAGGAAUGUCUCAUCUCGGAUUCUUCAUGAAAAAGAUCGGUAUGUCUUCUAUGAUCGCAACUUCUGUGCCACGAUUCUGCACACGGAACGAUAAGGUUCGAAAGAAUGGAGAGAGACAGUUCCACGAGUGUCCCUCCGAUCCUGAUAGUCCUAGUCCCAGAGCCCCUUCGAGCAACAACCGUGAGAUACCUAAUAUGGACUGGGGAGCAGUGGUUCCUGCGAACUAUUCUUUUGUUUCUCAUCAAGCAUCUAACAUGUCUGAGGGUCACCUCAGUCUCCAUUCCAUGACCGAUAAUAAUCAGGCGAAUCUGACAUUUGAGAUGGAGAAGCUAACUGAGCUAAACCAGCGAAAAUAUGAGGAGUCAGAGAAGCUUAUGGAGCUAAAAGAAAAGGAAGAACUAGCUAAAGAUACAGCUUCAAAGGAGAAGCAGAGGUACGAAGAUACUAUGAAGGAGGCAGAGAAGGUUAAAGAACUCAUGAUGAAAGAGGCUUUACGUAGAAGAGAAGCUGAGAUCAAAGCAGAGCGUGAUGCUAAAGAGAAAGAUGAGCUCCAGGCUUCUCUCGUCUGUCCCGGGAUCCAAUACCAAUACUACUCAUGGGAUUAG